UUGAAGGCAGCACAAGACUUUGAUGAAUGUCUCUCUUGUCUUUCCUUCUCCCCUGAUUCCUUUCUUUUCUUUCUCUGUAUUAACCUGCUUCCCUUUUCUUUCCUGCCUCCCUCCAGGUUCAGGGACGACAAGGGCUACAUCCUGUACCCUCAGAUCGGGGAUCGGCUGGACCUCAUCUGCCCGCCGCUGGACACCGCCCGGUCCACGCCGGAGUACGAGUUCUACAAGCUCUACCUGGUGGCCAUGCGGGAGCAGGCGGACCGCUGCGAGGUCAUGGGCCCCCCCAACAUCGUGCUCACGUGCGACGAGCCCACCCGCGAGCGCCGCUUCACCAUCAAGUUCCAGGAGUUCUCGCCCAACCUCUGGGGCCACGAGUUCAAGACCAUGCACGACUACUUCAUCAUCGCUACGUCAGACGGGACGCGCCAAGGCCUGGAUAGCAUGAGAGGCGGAGUCUGUGUCACGCAAGGCAUGAAGGUGGUCCUGAAAGUGGGACAGAGCCCAUAUGGACUGCCUCCGAAGAAGGAGCCUGCGGGACGCACCACCAGCAGAAACCCAGGCGGCGCGGGGAACUCCACCCAGUCCCAAAGACCCAACAGCUUCGGGAACGAGGGCACCGGUGAGAACGGACCGCUUCAACCCUCCAACAUCGCCAUCAUCGCCGGCGCCGCGGGGGGCUCCGCCUUCCUCCUGCUGGUGACGGCCGUGAUCUGCGUGGUGUGCUACCGGCGGCGGCACGCCAAGCACUCGGACACCCACCACCCGCCGCUGUCGCUGUCCUCGCUCACCAGCCCCAAGCGGGGGGGCGGCGGCGGCAUGGGCCUCACCAGCUCCAACAACAACGGCUCGGAGCCCAGCGACAUCAUCAUCCCCCUGCGGACGUCGGACUCGGCCUACUGCCCGCACUACGAGAAGGUGAGCGGGGACUAUGGACACCCGGUCUACAUCGUCCAGGAGAUGCCGCCUCAGAGCCCGGCCAACAUCUACUACAAAGUAUGAGAGGGCCUCUUCUCCGGCCGACUGGACACACCCACCUCCCUCCACCCAUUGCCAACAAACCCCCUGCUCCAAACGAAGCCACAGCGCAGCCCGCCACCACAGCUCCGCCCCUGAACCCCUCAA